AUGUCAAGACAGGGCCAAAGGUUUAGAGCGGUGAAAGAUGAUACAACAAAUCCAACCCUUUUCAAGGUCAUGGAGUCUCAAACGUUUCUCCAAGAUGAGACCGUUUUAUCCUAUGUUGAUGAGUUCAUUAACAAGCAUCCCUUGAAUUCUUUACAAUCCGGUAGUUCAGAAAUUGCAACUGGCUCAUCUACAUAUAGUGGAAUAAAUCCAACUGUUUUGUCCCAGCUGAACCGUUUACAAAGAAGCUUAAGAGGAUUACCGCCACUAUUUGACGACGAAACAGUCCCACCAUCACAGCAAACUGCAACAGACUCUCAACCAACCGAAAACAAGAAGAUUGUUUUUGAUGAAUAG